UCCAUCUUCAUCCACGACGCAACCAAGAAGACUACAGACAGAAAAAGGGGAAAAGGAGGACAGAGAGAGAGAGAGGAACAUUGAGGGGUUCUUGAAUAACCACUAAUAUAGAAAUCCAUUCGCCACCGAAACCCCAUAUAUAUAUUUUUUAUUCUCAUCAAUCCCCCCUCCUUAGAGAAGAAGAAGCAAAGGUAGUUUGGUUUCAAGAAUCGCACAUCGUUUUUGGGAAUUUGUGACCUUUGGUUUCUGUAAUUCGUUUCAUCGACCCAGUUUUUGAAGAGAAAUCGGGCUAAACUCGUCGUCCUCUCCUGUUGGCUUGGAGUGGAGCUCUAACCACUGUUUUAGAUUAAUGAACUUUCGCUGCAGACUUUGCAUUGUUCUAGCACCCAUUCUGAUUGAUUCCCGUAAGGGGGAAGCACAAUAUGAGUACUUUUGAGUGACGGCCCGGAAGUUGUUGAGCUUUGUUGCAGGUUCAGGAAAAAACGGGUUCCUGUCGGAAAAUCUUAUGGUGGUCAUUUUCCCCUUCAUUGUGGCGCAUAUCUUUUCUAGCUAUUCGAGGGAUUUGGGGAGUGCUCUCUCUUUAGAGGGAGACAGAUAGAUAGAAUCGUUUAGUUGCAGGAAGUUGCAUGGGCGACAAUGAAAGCUGGGCACAAUCAGACGGCCUUUUGCCCAAUGGCCUUUUACCAAAUGUUGCAGCAAGAGUAACAAGAAAACUGAACAGUGAAAGAUGGUUAAAAGCAGAAGAGAGAACUGCAGAAUUGAUUGCAUGUAUCCAGCCAAACCAACCUUCUGAAGAACGAAGGAAUGCAGUUGCCAAUUAUGUGCAGCAGCUGAUCAUGAAGUGUUUUUCUUGUCAGGUCUUCACCUUCGGAUCUGUUCCUCUGAAGACCUAUUUGCCUGACGGUGAUAUUGAUUUGACAGCCUUCAGUAAGAACCAGCAUGUAAAAGACACAUGGGCAAAUGAUGUUCGGGAUAUGCUUGAGAAUGAGGAAAAGAGAGAGGAUGCAGAGUUCCAUGUAAAGGAAGUUCAAUACAUUCAAGCAGAAGUGAAGAUAAUCAAGUGCCUAGUCGAAAACAUUGUGGUAGAUAUAUCUUUUAACCAGCUUGGUGGGUUAUGUACACUUUGUUUUCUUGAGGAGGUUGACCAGUUGAUAAAUCAAAAUCAUUUAUUCAAGCGCAGUAUCAUAUUGAUAAAGGCUUGGUGUUACUAUGAGAGCCGUAUACUGGGGGCCCACCAUGGGCUGAUUUCUACAUAUGCUUUAGAGACUCUGGUUCUGUAUAUCUUUCAUGUGUUUAACAAUUCCUUUACUGGGCCCUUGGAGGUUCUUUAUCGCUUCUUGGAGUUCUUUAGUAACUUUGAUUGGGAAAAUUUUUGUGUCAGUCUCUGGGGUCCUGUCCCAAUUAGUCAGCUUCCUGACAUAACUGCUGACCCUCCUCGGAAUGAUGGUGGAGAGUUAUUACUCAGCAAGCCCUUUCUCGAUGCUUGUAGUUCAAUAUAUGCUGUUUACCCUGGAGUUCAGGAAAAUCAAGGGCAACCUUUUGUGUCAAAGCAUUUCAACAUCAUUGAUCCAUUACGUACAAAUAACAAUUUAGGACGAAGUGUCAGUAAAGGUAAUUUCUUUAGGAUACGAAGUGCCUUUGCAUUUGGUGCUAAGAAGCUAGCAAGGUUACUUGAGUGUCCCAAGGAUAACCUAAUUGCUGAGGUCAAUCAGUUCUUCUUGAACACUUGGGAGAGGCAUGGUGGCAGGCAUCGUCCAGAUGCGCCAGGUCCAGAACUUUGGCAGUUGAAACCUCCAAACAUGGGGCCCUCAGAUGGAUCUGAUAAACUAGGAUACCACUCAACAACAAAGAAAAAAGGAGUUAAUGAUGGGCUUGUGGGGAUUGGCAAUGUUUCUCCUUCUGAGGGUGCUGCAUGCAUUCAUAAUCCUUCAUCAGAGAACACAGCAAGGAUAAAUAGUAGUUCUGGAGCUUAUCACAGUCUAAGCCAGAAGAAUUAUGGUACUCAAACUGUAAGUUUGGACAAGACUCAGAAAGUUUUGAAGCCAAAUUACUCCCUUAAUAAUCAAGAAGCCCAAGUUAGACAUCAGUUUGCAAGGACAAGUUCUAGCCCAGAACUCACUGAGACAUCCAGUGAAGCAUCCACUAGAGGACGGCGGGGUAACAAGGCCGUGGAUAUUGGACAGAACCACCAUGUUGGUGCGAGGCCUGACUACAGCAAUAAAAGGAAGAACAUGCCAUCUGAAGCAUCUGCAUCUUGCCAGGCUUCUUCCAAUGAUCUUAGACACAGCAGUUCACAGCAAAGUUUGGAUGUUAGUAUUGCUCCUAAUUUGUCAGAAACAGUAAGUAAUUAUGCUCACAGUGAUGGCAGCGGAGUGCAAGAACACUCACAUCAGGAAGAGCAAGAUUUAGUUAACAUGAUUGGAGCUCCUAGAGCACAUGUAUUUCCUGGACCCAUGAGUUUAACAUCUUCACAUUUACCUGUUUCAUUGCAAUCUUCCAUCUUCGGCUAUUCACAACGAAAUUUAGGUGGAAUGAUGCCUAUGAUUGACCCUGCUUGGGGUUCUGGCAUGCAAUUCCCUCCUGGUCUUGUUCCUCCUCAACUAUCACGUUAUUUUUCUGGGCUUAGGUUGGCUUCCAGUCAAGAGGAGGUUAUUGAUUCUAGCAAUGAAAAUUCCACUUUGACUGAAUCAAACCAGGAUGAUAGUGAUGCUGCAUUUUGGCAUGAAAAUGAAAAUGCUUCCUCUAGUGGUACGGAAUUUGGGUCAUCUUCACGAUUUGGUGGUUCUAGUAAUAAUUCAGUCAGGGGUCAACCUCAAAAACUACAGAACAUCAGGGGCAAUGAUAUCCACACAUCAGAUAAGUCUGCAAGCAUGAAAUCUUUUGCACUGAAUGAGGUGAAUUCUUCUAAGCUGCCCAAAUCUGCCAGAGACAAGCGGGGAAGAAAAGGAAUUCCUGGAGUGGUACCUGCUACACCUGACAAAUCCAAGGUCAGUUGGCAAUAUGAAAAUGAUAUAUCACUGGUAGACGAAAUGGAGAAAAUGGAGAACAAGGAUCGGCAUAUGAAAUCAUCAAGGGAUGGGGGACCUGCUUCUGCAGUCCCUUCUUCAUUGCCUGUUGGUUAUGAAGCUGGUUCCAGUGGAUCAGAUCCCAUGAUACCUGGGCCAAUGCUUGUUGGUUCUGGUUCUCGGCAAAUUACUUUCUACCCUACAGGGCCUCCAGUUCCUUUUGUGACAAUGCUUCCGCUCUAUAAUUUCCCACCUGAUGCAGGGAGUUCUGGAGGUUCACCUAGGCAGUUUGAUAGAGAUGAUAGCCUGGAGAAUGGUCAUGCAAACUUGUCAGAGCAUAGUGCUACUGCUUCCAACUUUGAUGCUCCAGAGAAUCUGGAGCAGCCUGAGGCUUUUGGGAACCCAAGUUCUAUAGAUAUUCCUGCCAUGGAGCCAAGGGCAGAGCUCAAUGUGGAUAUUCUGCACAGUGAUUUUAUAAGCCAUUGGCAGAAUCUGCAAUAUGGGCGAAUAUGUCAGAGUGCUCGUAAUCACCCACCAAUAAUUUAUUCACCACAAUUGAUUGUGCCACCUGUUUAUCUCCAAGGACAUUUUCCAUUGGAUGGACCAGGAAGACCAUUAUCUGGAGUAAACAUGGGUCUUUUCACGCAGGUCAUGGGUUAUGGGCCACGUUUUGUGCCUGUUACUCCUUUGCAACCAGGGUCUAGCAGACCUUCUGGAAUUUAUCAGUACUACAAUGAGGAGAUGCCAAGAUAUCGGGGUGGCACAGGGACUUAUUUACCAAAUCCUAAACCAGCUGCAUUCAGAGACAGGCAAUCAGCAAACAGUCGGAGUCACCGAGGAGGCUACAACUUUGACAAAAAUGAUCAAGGGGACAGUGACAGAGGUUGGAGUGUCAACUCAAAAUCACGUGGCUCUUGGAGAAACCACAACAAAUAUGAGGCCCGCAGCCAGUCUGAUAAGCCACAUUCAAGGUCUGAACGUCCUGGUGGACCUGAUUCCAGAGGAGAUCGAACAUGGGAUUCAUACCGACAUGAAGCUUUUACGGCUAUUCGGACACAAAAUGGACCCUCUACUUCCACUGAUCCUGUUCAUGGCACAGGCAAUAUAGCAUACAGUAUGUACCCUCUUCAGGCUGCCAAUUCUAAUGCAGUUGGGACGACUUUGAGUGGAACAGGUCCCAGUGUUCCAUCGGUUGUAAUGUUGUACCCCUAUGAGCAUGGUCUUGGCUUUGCUCAGUCUCAGGAGCAACUUGAGUUUGGCUCCUUGGGGCCAGGUCCUUUUGGAAGUGUUAACGAGGCAACACAGAUCCGUGAUGGAGGCAUGACACCAGGCUUGUAUGAGCAACGGCAUGGCCUAUCUAAGGGUGGCUCACCUGCUCAGUCACCUGAUCAGCCCUCCUCCCCCCAAGUACAUAGAUCAGCGGCUCAAGUGAAUUACUCACUGAAAGAAGAGGAUUUCCCCCUCUGGCAUUCCCUCCCCAGGGAAGGGUCGGUGCUAGUAGCAACUCUAACAGCAGGGGUUCCCAUUACCAAACCCUUCUUUUUGCUCCUCACGCAUAAAGCAGAAUUUGGUCCAUCUGCUUGUAGUGGGUAUCUGUACAUUUUUGCUCGUGAAAAGACAGCCUUCCUCAGCAGUUUGGCUAGGGUCUGGAUCCAUGGCAGAUGUGCAAUAUUUUGCAAUUUAUGUGGUUAAUGUAACUUCAUUCACCGGUAACGAAUUAGGUACGUUUUUUCUUUUUGUAUAAACAUAGGCAAGGACUGGAUUGCUAUCAAUGCAUUGUGCAUACGUUCAGUGCUUUGGGAGCAUGGUAAGAUCUAUUCGCCAGUGGAAGGACGUAUGUAUUUUGAACUUUUGUGUGAAGGGUCUAACGAUGUAUGCCUUACUAGGUCUACCUUAAAAAUGAAACAGAAUACAUAGAAACUCUUGAAUCAAUGUCUGUAUAGCAGAGAUUUUAAAAAAUGAUACAGAAUGCAUUGCAUUUCUUGGAUCAAUGUCCGUAUGGUAGUGAUUUCUACCGAUGGAAUUGGUGCUAAGGCAAUACCAUGUCGAGCACGAGUUGGAGAAAAUGGGUCUGCUGGUUUUCUGCAAACUUGCCUUCUUGGGCACCGUGUCCGAAGGCUUUUUUCCAUGGAUGCUUGGGAAAAAGGUGUCCUUACAUUCAGUGUCAAGAUUUACUCUUGGGAAAAUUAUCACUACUGAUGUCUGACUCGUUGCUGUUGCAUGUGUAACGGAUGGUGUUUUCUCCUCAAUCCAUUAUAAGAUUAUAAAUCCACUUAGAUUAGGAAACGAAAUAUUUUCUUCUCAAUCUAUUACAAUUCCGCUGGGAUUAGGAGUACGUAUUCAUUAUU